AUGUUUCUCGAACCAGAUUACUUCUUCCCUCUCUUCAAAGAAAAUCCAGCCCGAAACCGAGUGGUCCCCCAAACAGUGCGCUCCCCUCCUCCAUCCCAAUGGACCAUUGCUCCAUCAGCGAGGCCAAAUUGGCACUACCAACUGGAGAGGAUCAUUCCCCCAGAGAUUCUAGGCGUCCGAGCUGAAAUAGCAAGGCUUCAUUACGAAAAGAUGAUUGAAGGCGGUUAUAUCACUAUUAACAAAUCGGACAUGCUUGUUGGGCCAAAUCUCUUGUUAUCACCACGCGAUUGGGAGCCCUUGACGGCGGCUGAUGUUACUCAUGCGCCCCCGCGGGUCUUCUAUGGUCCUAAUUCACGCAGAAACACUUCUAGCGUAUCUGAGACCACCUGUACUCUUCGGUCAUCUUAUGGCGAUAUAUGCCAUUCGCCCGAGCCACGAGCGACCUUUGAUUGCCCACUAUAUGGACCGUUCCUCAGAGCCUGGUCCAAUGCGCCAGACAGGGUCCAUUGGGCAUGGAAAGCGGGACUCGAACGGCUACAGUCACUCCCGGAAGGCGAACGGUCCGAAGCAGCUCUACGAAAGCUCAACGGCGAUGCUGGGGAUGCUGAGAAACACGACUAUCGGCUGCUUUCUGAGCGGGUCGACGCUAUGAAUGAAUUACGAGCAUUGUCAGACCAGGAUUUGCUUGUUACACUCCCGGGCAUCUUUGGUCGAAUUUUGGGCCUUGCUCCCCCUACUAACCUCGUGCUGUCCGAUCAUUGGGAAUAUCACUAUUCGAUUGAGGCAUUAAACCAUGGAGGAAGAGAAGCGGAGAGCGAACGAAUUUCCGAUAUGUUACGGCAACUAAAGCGAGCAAAGUAUGCAUACAAUUUCCCGUCCCAAAAUACAGCAACUGUGCAACAGAAGUUUCGUGAGCUACUGAACUUCUUUGAAAACGACGCGAGCCGCUUUGGACGUUGGAUGGAACCCCGUUGGGUCGAGUUCAGACCUGUACGGCCCAUUGUCCUAGACUGA